AUGGGUACGUUACGUUUUACUAUUGGCAAUGAAGAACAUACAGCACAAGCUGAUGAUAUAACGCCUGAAACGACAUUAAACACCUAUUUACGCAAAAUUGCUCACCUCACUGGAACGAAAAGAAUGUGCCUUGAGGGUGGAUGUGGUUGUUGUGUUGUGGCCGUUGAGCAUACGGAUCCUGCGAACAAAACUAAAAAAAUAUUUGCUGUAAAUUCGUGUUUGGUUUCCGUAUUCUCGUGUCAGGGCUGGAAAAUACAUACAAUUGAAGGAAUAGGUGGUGCUUUAGCGGGUUAUAAUCCAAUUCAAACUGGCCUUGCAGAAGGAAAUGGCACUCAGUGUGGGUAUUGUUCUUGCGGAAUGGUCAUGAAUAUGUUUGCUUUGGAUGCAACUGGACCUAUGUCUGCUAAAAAAAUAGAACAAUCAUUUGAUGGCAACAUGUGUAGGUGUACAGGUUACAGACCCAUUUUGGAGAGCUUCAAAAAGUUUGCGGUGGAAGAUAUUGAAGAUUACAAUCCUUGCUAUUCUAAUAAAUGCCAAACUAAUUGUAGCACCCCAUGCCACAAAGGCGUUAGUUUAUUAUACAAUGGCACAUCGAAAUGGUUGAAAGUUUACAAAUUUGAAGACUUGCUUCAAACGCUAACAACAACAAAUGGAUCUUAUCAAUUGGUUGGAGGAAAUACAGCUAGAGGCGUUUACAAAAAUGAUCCGAAACCUCAAACUUAUAUAGACAUAUGUAGUAUUCCAGAACUAAUUAUUUGGGUAUUUGAAAAUAAUACUUUGGUUCUCGGAGGUAACAUUUCUCUUAAUAGGACUUUGGAAAUAUUUAGGGAAGAGGCAAUUAAAAAUACUAAUUUUCUGUAUUUGGAUAAAAUGGCAGAUCAUAUUGAACUUAUGGCAAAUGUUCCAGUUCGAAAUAUAGGAACUCUUGCUGGAAACUUGAUGAUAAAACAUCUCCAUCCUGAGUUUGCUUCGGAUAUUUUUUUGAUCAUGGAAACUAUUGGGGCAACUUUACUUUUAGUUGAUUCUUCCGGAAAUAAAACCAAGGUUUCACCGCAAGACUUUUUAAAAAUUGAUAUGUAUAAAAAGGUUAUAAAAAGCAUAAUUUUGAAACCAUAUGAUGCUUCUUACUUCUGCACAAGUUACAAAAUUAUGCCUAGAGCUCAAAACGUGCAUGCCAUUAUCAACGCAGGAUUUUUAUUUAAAAUAAAGAACGGAAACGUUCAGAGUAGCACUAUUGUAUUUGGAAACAUCAAUCCCCUAUUUAUCCAUGCUACAAAUACUGAAAAAUAUUUCCUAAAUAAAAAUAUAUUCGAUAACACCGUUCUUCAAGGUGCUUUCUCAAAUUUGCACAAAGAACUGAACCCAGACUAUAUAUUACCAAAUCAGAAACCUGAAUUUAGAAAAAAUUUGGCAAUUUCACUAUUAUAUAAGUUUGCACUAAGUAUAGCACCAACGUCCAAAAUCAGUGCCAAAAAUGUAUCAGCUAGAACUCUUUUAGAAAGACCUGUUUCCACUAGUAAUCAAGAAUAUACUACAAAAAAAAACAUGUAUCCAAUUUCAAAACCUAUGGUUAAAUUAGAAGCAUUAGCACAAACUUCAGGUGAAGCAGAAUUUAUUGAUGAUAUCCCUGACCUUCCGGGUCAACUUUUUGCGGAAUUUGUUAUUGCAAAUGCAACACCUGGUUCACUAAUUAAUAAUAUAAAUACAUCUGAAGCUAUGAAGUUGUCUGGUGUUGUGGCAUUUUAUGGUAAAGAAGAUAUCCCCGGAAAGAAUUCUUGGACGCCCUUAAAUACCUUUAUUUUCUUUUUUGAGGACGAAGAACUAUUUUGUAGUGGAAAAGUUUUAUGGUACCAUCAACCGGUAGGAGUAAUCGUCGCUAAAAGUGAAGAGGUUGCUAUUGCAGCAGCCCAGUUGGUAAUUGUAACAUGUACACCUCCAGAUCAUAAACCAUAUCUCACUAUUCGCGAAAUACUCAGUGCAUCUGAAGACGUAAAGAAAAAAAGGGUUACACAUGUGACUGACGUAAUACCCUUAAAACGAGGAUUUGAUGUAAAAAAAAUUGUUAAGGGAGAGUUUAACAUGGGGUCUCAGUAUCACUAUCACAUGGAACUCCAGUGUUGCAAUGUUGUACCAAUUGAAGGGGAAUUGGACGUAUAUGCUUCUACCCAGUGGUUGGAUUGUGUCCAAAUGGGAAUUGCGAAUGUUUUGGGAAUACAUCAGGCAAAAAUUAAUGUUCAUGUUCGGCGAUUGGGUGGAGCUUUCGGUGCGAAAGUUGUUCGAAAUACGAUGAUAUCAGCUGCAACAGCUCUAGCCGCCUUUAAGUUGAAAAAACCUGUUAAAAUGAGAUUAACUUUGGAGAAAAAUAUGGAAAUUUUGGGCAAAAGAUUUCCGAUUUAUGUCCAGUACGAAGCUGGUGUAAAUGGACGAGGAGCUAUCCAGUAUUUAAAAGCUAAUCUAUAUUCUGAUUUUGGUCAAGGCGGAAAUGAGUUUAUCCACCUUUUCUUAAUUGACUCAUUUAAACACUCUUACAAUAUAGAGACAUGGCAUUUUUCGUGUUAUAUUGUAAAGACUGACACUCCUGCUAAUUGUUGGACUCGAGGACCAGGUAGUUUGGAAGGUGUUGCAUGUAUUGAAUCAAUAAUGGAACAUCUAGCUUCUUCUUUGAAUAUGGAUGCUUUUCAAUUAAAAUGCAACAAUCUUAACAUUUUAAAAGCUCCAAUAAUAAAGUAUGCUAACGAUUUUAAACAUUGGGCUGGGACGGAAAAGCGUAAACAGAGUAUAAUACAGUUUAAUAAUUCUAAUAGAUGGAAGAAACGUGGAAUGUCUAUCGUUCCUUUGACUUAUAACAUGGAAGUUUUUGCUAACUACCAAUUAAUAGUAUCAAUUUAUCAUGGAGAUGGCAGUGUUUCAAUAGUUCACGGUGGUGUUGAAAUGGGACAAGGAAUUAAUACAAAGGUAGCUCAAGUAUGUGCGCAUAAGUUCGGCAUACCAAUUGAUUUAAUAUCAGUAAAGCCUACAAACACUAUAACAAAUCCGAAUAAUUUCGCUAGUGCUGCUAGUUUAACUAGUGAAGCAGUUUGUUAUGCUUUAAUGAAAGCAUGUGAUAUUUUAUUAGAGAGAAUGAAGCCAAUGAGAGUGUUAUUAAUUAAUCCCACGUGGAAAGAAUUAGUGUCCAAAUGCCAUCUUGCUUACAUCAGUUUAAGUGCUCAAUCAAUGUAUCACCCCCAAUUACCAAAUAUGGUUCCUUAUUCGAUUUAUGCCGUUGGAGCCGCCGAAGUUGAAGUAGAUAUUUUAACAGGACAACAUCAAAUCCUUCAGGUGGACAUAAUAGAAGACGUUGGGGAUACAAUGAAUCCUCUUAUUGAUAUUGGACAACUUGAGGGCGCUUUUGUCAUGGGUCUGGGUUAUCAUACAACUGAAGAAAUAAUUUAUGACGAUAAUGGAAAAAAUUUGACUAACAGAACUUGGUGGUAUUAUCCUCCUGGAGCGUUAGACAUUCCACAAAAUUUUAGAGUAAAAUUUCCUGGAAACAAUCCCAAUGCAGUGGGCGUGUUACAUUCUAAAGCCAUUGGGGAACCUCCAAUAUGCUUAUCCGUAGCAAUUCCUUUAGCAAUAAGAAAUGCUGUGGCUUCUGCGAGAAGUGAGGCAGAUAAAGGACAACAGCAGUGGUACCCUUUUGAUGGAUGUUCCACUGUUGAAAACACAUUUUUAAACUGUUUGAAUCAUUACAACCAGUACAAAUUGUAAUUGUCUUAUAUCAAAUAAUCAAGUCAAGAAGAUUAGAGGACAGCAAUGAAACAUGUCUGUAUAAUAACCCUAAAAACUACAGAAAAUAUAUAAAUAUCCUAGAAGAUAGUUUUUCCAAUUCAUACAUAUAUUAUAAAUAUUACCUUUGUAUGAAUUAAUAAAUAAUUUUGUACAGUAUUUUCAUUUUAUUUGUGAGAGUUAAAAUUACAAAAAAAUAUAAAUUGAGCAACAUUGUAUUAUAAUAUAUUUUUAGGAAAAUAUAUAUUUAUAUUCUUAAAAUCCAUCAUUUUCAGGAAAACGCCUUUUGUGCCAAGGAUGUUUUCUCGGUCGUGGACGAUAACCCUCCCUAUCGCGAGGAGGCCAGUCGUUGUCUGAUGAGUCACUUAUCGAAUCAGGGCCUUCUAUCGGAACCACUUCUAUGUCCUCUAUUUCAACCACUAUUACUGUGUCUUCAGUAGUGUUAGUUGUUGUAUUAGUGACUACUUCCGUUGGUUCCGGAAUUUUUGUCGCAUUGACCGAUGAUGUUUCUGUAGUACUUGUUGAAUUUGAUUCGUCACCUACAGCUCUUCUUUGUCUUCCUUGUAAAUGCUGCCUUCCAUGUUCACCACGAUGAUCGUGAUGAGGUCUGUCUGACGAGUUUAAAGAAUUUUUUUCCGUACUAGAAUCCGUUACUUCCCUUCUUUUUCUUAAAAAUGAAAACGGGUCGUCACCGAAGCGGUGUGGAGGAUGCAUUCUGUGCCACGGAAACCAUGGUCUUGGAUGUGGAGGUGGUGGUGGAAAGCAGGGUAAAAUAAUAAUCUCCGGCCUUAAGGAACCUGUGGAGUUUGUGUUAGAUGUGCCAUUUGUUGAAUUUACGUCUCUUUUAAAUCGUGGCAACCAUAUUGGUGGACAAGGUCUAAUUAUCACUUCCACAUCUAAAGGUUCUUCUGUUGUUGAAUUAGUUUCAUUCACAGCCCGUUUUUGAAGUGAUAAUGGAUGGACCCAAUUGCAAAGUAGGAGUAAAGCAAACGGAACC